AUGGCACCCCAAACAGUGAUGUGCAACUGUUCUACAUGCAAGGGUUCUCCCCUCGCGUAUAACGAAUAUCGGCAUCACCAGACAGAAGAAAAGCGUCGAGAAGAAGUACGUCAAGAGGAGAAACGUUGCACAGACCAGUUGAUUGAGGAGAAGCGCAAAGAAGAAGAGCGUGCAAUCGCCGAGGCCAAAUUCGAUGCCAUGCUUGACGAAUUGACGUAUAUGACGUUGACGGAUGACGGGCUUGAGACGGGUAACACCCAGCACAACACAAUGUGGGGACGAGGCGUGGACGACUCACCGUUGAGUAUGUUUUCAGCUCUCUAA